AUGCACACGACGCUCAAAGAAUUUAUCGAUAGAAAUGGUGGGAAUGGUGGGAAGUGGGAAUGGGACAUGUAUGUAGAACAUACAUUCGUUUCUUUUUUAGAUAUUCCGGCCGACCAAAUUGCAGCCUUCGCGAGGUUUAAGCCCGAACAAAAACUAGAGAAGAACGGCGAUUCGUACACAUUGACAACUAUUAUGCCUGAUCAGACCAAAGUUCUCACCUUUAAAAAUGGAGUAGAAUUUGAUGAAGAAGUGACAGCUGGACGAAUUGCAAAAACCACCUUUACUUUUGACGGCAACACUCUCACACAAGUUCAAAAGCACACUGAUGGUAACGUUAUAACACAAAAGAGGGAGUACUUCGACGAUAAGCUUAUUGUGACUCUGACAAGGACAAACUGGGAUGGCAUUGCGCGUAGAUACUACAAAGUUUGA